AAUGCAGCAGGAAUGUUGAAACGGAACGAAUAUGCUGCUUCAGUAGAAUAGAAAUCACGUGCUCUCUACUGACUUCGAAUCGACAUAUUGCACACUAUUAACGUUUUGUUAUUUCAAAUAAAUACUACAUGUUUGCUUGGCGAUCCGUCGGGAUACUGAGAGUGGUAGCACUUUCCUUGCAGUCCGUGAUAGGAGGUUUGAUUUCAUUUACGAAUUCAUUUACUAAUUAACGGAUAAGACAGGAAAUGAUACAAUAGCAGCUAAAGCUGCACCGUAUAAAAAAUCCAUACACUAGCUUUAUAGCUUUUCACAGGCAACUAAUACCCCCUGUAAUUUCCGCUACAAUUAGCGAUCCACUACGCCACUACGUAAGGAUAAUCUCUUCACAUGAAAAGUAAUACCGCAGUCUAUCACGAUUCUGUGCGUGCAAAGUUUAAUUCGUAAUGAACGAUUAAUAGUUUCGAAGGAUCGAUAUUAGUGAACCCGUUCCUUGAGUAAAAACUUUCAUCAGUAUGAAAGCUGUCUUCGUUCAGAACGAUCAGCAUAUCUUGUCUCUAAAAGAGUAUACAUUAAAAUGAUCGCUAAUCUACGCGAAAUAUUAGACGUAAUAGAAUUGGUUGGGACGAUAUUAUGUACCUGGCCAAUAGAUCCAAACGCUAGUAAAUGUAAAAGUAUUUUACUUAAUAUCUAUUGGAUGUUUGCGGUGUUCAGCGUUGGAUCGACGAUACUAUGCUUAUUGAUUACCACCUAUUACUUUCGACACGACCUUAUCUUGCUGACGAAAACCACUUGCUUCAUAAGUGCCCUUUCGGAGACGCUGUUGGACCUGAUCAUCUGUAAAAUGAGUAGCAAGAAACUGCAGGUUCUAAUCGAAAAAGUUAGGAAGUAUUUAGAUACAACUGGCAAGGACGAGAAUAACAUGAUCCAAGUUUACGUGAAACGUUAUAAGACAUUCUUUUCAACGAUGGCGGUCGCAUACUUCAUCAAUGGAGUUUCGUUCUUUUUCAUGCCAUUAUAUACAAACCAACAUCUGCCAUUAGAAUCUUGGUUGCCAUUCUCCACUGAUACCGUCAUGAAAUACGGUAUUGUUUACAUUAUCCAAGCUUAUUCCUCCAUGCAUACGGCCCUCUCCAUCUUUGUCGACUUCAAAAUCAUUUCCCUCCUUUGCUUCACCGCUGCCAGACUAGAUAUAUUAAACGCGAAGCUGAAACAAGGAAACAGCUACGAGAUGAUGGUAAACUAUAUUAAAGAACACCAAGAGAUACUAAGAUUUUUAGAGGAUACUAAAGCUGCUGUUCAGGCUUUGUUAUUUAAGACAAACAUCACAAUGGGAAGCGUUGUUAUAGCCGCAGCUUUUCCCCUGCUUUAUAUGAAAAACCCAAUGUCAGAACCUCAAGUUGUGUAUCAGUUCGUUUGUAUGGUACUAGCAGGCUGUGGGCACGUGUACCUUAUCUCCGCGCCAUCAGACGAUUUAAAAGAAAGUAGCAUACAAUUUGCAAUGUCGGUGACCGAUAUUCAGUGGAUAGGAAAACAAAAAAACAUGGCCACCAGUGUAUUGAUCAUGUUGCAGAGGAGUCAAAAACCAUGUCUAAUCCCAUUGGGUUUGAUUCCACCCCUUUCGAUGGAAUAUUUCUCUCAAUUCUUAACUACCAUAUAUUCCUACUUUAUGGCUAUAAGGACGAUGAUUGAAUCGUAAUUUCUAUGAUUUACUGGAUGAUCAAUUUCCUUCAGAUAGUAGAAAACUUUGUCAAGUUGGAGCUUAUUGUUUCAAGAAGAUGCGAAAACUUUUACUGUUCACGACGCACUUACGUUUAUCUCUUAUCAUUUAUUAAAAUUGUAACAUUUUAAAUGGUAAGGUUUAAAUUACACCCUUAAAUAAAAUGAAAUUAAUUUCACUU